CGACGACAUAUUGUUUGUGAGGAGCAAAUUCUGGAAAGCGAACCGAGGAAGAGGAUUACAAUUUAUUUAUCUCUAAACACAAGAAGUAUCUGUCAUUUAAGAUAAAAUGGAGCCGUCAGCCAGUCCAGCGAAGGAUAACCACAGGAUGAACAGUUACAAGAACAAAGCCCUGAAUGUGGAGGAGAUGAGACGCCGGAGAGAGGAGGAGGGUAUCCAGCUGAGGAAGCAGAAACGAGAGCAACAGCUGUUCAAGAGGAGAAACGUUGACAUGUUGAACGAGGAAGGAGUCAUGUUUGAGAGUCCGCUGGUCGACUCGUAUGUCACCUCUACAGCCACAGAGGAAGGAGUCCUAACUAAAGACUUGGUGGAGAUGCUCUUCUCAGAGGACCCAGAGCUCCAACUCACUACAACACAGACUUUCAGGAAACUACUGUCCAAAGAACCCAAUCCACCUAUUGACGAGGUCAUCAACACCCCAGGCAUUGUAGAGAGGUUUGUGGAGUUCCUGAAGAGGAGUGUCAACUGCACAUUACAGUUUGAGGCAGCCUGGGCCCUGACCAACAUAGCAUCAGGUACUUCCAUGCAGACUAACAUAGUAAUCGAGGCAGGAGCAGUACCCAUCUUUAUAGAACUACUCAACUCGGACUUUGAAGAUGUUCAGGAACAGGCUGUGUGGGCUUUGGGUAACAUAGCAGGGGACAGUCCAGUGUGCAGAGACUACGUUCUCAACUGUAAUAUCCUGCCACCAUUAUUAAUGCUUCUGACUAAAUCCACCAGACUGACCAUGACCAGGAAUGCAGUGUGGGCUCUGUCUAACCUGUGCAGGGGGAAGAGCCCCCCACCGGUAUUUGAGAAGGUGUCCCCCUGUCUGCAAGUUUUGUCUAGACUGUUGUUCAGCAGUGAUUCAGAUCUGUUAGCAGACGCCUGCUGGGCUCUGUCCUACCUCUCUGAUGGACCCAACGAGAAGAUCCAGGCUGUCAUCGACUCCGGCGUCUGCAGGCGCCUCGUAGAGCUGCUCAUGCACACAGACUACAAGGUGGCGUCUCCUGCUCUGAGAGCAGUGGGGAACAUCGUUACUGGUGACGACAUCCAGACACAGGUGGUGUUGAACUGUUCAGCCCUGCCCUGUCUGCUCCACCUGUUGAGUAGGUCCAAAGAGUCCAUCCGGAAAGAAGCCUGCUGGACUGUCUCCAACAUCACAGCUGGUAACAGGGCUCAGAUACAGACGGUGAUUGAUGCAACAUCUUCCCUGUGCUGAUCGACAAUCCUGCAGAAGGCAGAGUUUAGAACCAGAAGGAAGCAGCCUGGGCCAUCACUAACGCCACCUUCUGGAGGAAUGCCUGAACAGAUCAGGUACCUGGUGAACCUGGGCUGUAUCAAGCCUCUGUGUGACUUGUUGACAGUGAUGGACAGUAAGAUAGUCCAGGUGUCUCUGAACGGUCUGGAGAACAUUCUGCGACUGGGAGACCAAGAGGCCAAGCAGGAUGCAGGACCCAGCGGUACUGGCAUCAACCCCUACUGCUCUCUCAUAGAGGAGGCCUAUGGUCUGGAUAAGAUCGAGUUUCUUCAGAGUCAUGAGAACCAAGAGAUCUACCAGAAGGCCUUUGAUCUGAUAGAGCACUACUUUGGAGUGGAGGAGGAGGACCAGAGCCUGGCUCCUCCGGUGGACCAGGCCAAUCAGCAGUUCCUCUUCCCCCAGCAGGAGGCACCCAUGGAGGGCUUCCAGCUAUAACGCCCUCCCUGUCCUCUGGUUCUCAUCUGGUUCAUCUUAAACAACCGUCACUCAUACCCAUGGAGGAGUUUCAGAUAAAACAUCCACCCCCUUGUCCUCACCCCAUGGAGGAAUUUGGGGUAUAAUCAGUCCCCUCCACCCUCCAUGUCCAACCAUUGCCCCAUCCUCUAUACCCAGCCUGAGCCAAAGGGCAAGUUUUAGCCCCAACAGAUGAAGGGUGGAGGUGACCCCCCCCUCCCCCGUGAAGCAAUGACCUUAUCCACCUUAUAUCCUCCACCCCCACGGAAGGUAGAAUGUUGUCCUCUCCCUCCUUUCCCACGGAAGGUAGAGCAUUGUCCUCUCCCUCCUUUCCCACGGAAGGUAGAGCAUUGUCC